GUUGGCAAUGAGUUGAGACUUGAGCCCUAGCCAUUCCACAGUGAUUCUGGGCUCCAUCGCAUGUAGGCUGUACACAAGGAAAAUCUUCGUACCAUCUCAUUUCUCAGACGCCCAAUCUAUCGAGCUUCGAAUCCUCUCUCUCUCUCUCUCUCUCUCUGCUUGGUACAAUUCUCUGGUUGACAGCUAAAUUGUUCCAAAGAUGGGGAUCAUAGAAAAGAUUAAAGAAAUCGAAGCCGAGAUGGCACGAACUCAGAAAAAUAAAGCAACAGAAUAUCAUCUGGGCCAGCUUAAGGCAAAGAUAGCGAAACUAAGGACACAGUUAUUGGAGCCUCCAAAAGGUUCUAGUGGAGCUGGCGAGGGUUUCGAAGUUACAAAAUAUGGACAUGGACGUGUUGCACUAAUAGGAUUUCCAAGUGUGGGGAAGUCAACUCUUCUGACACUCUUGACUGGAACACAUUCGGAAGCUGCAUCAUAUGAAUUCACAACCCUUACCUGCAUCCCUGGGAUUAUUCACUAUAAUGGUACAAAAAUUCAAUUGCUUGAUCUUCCUGGAAUCAUCGAAGGUGCUUCUGAAGGCAAGGGACGCGGUAGGCAGGUUAUUGCUGUUUCAAAGUCAUCAGACAUUGUUUUGAUGGUUCUUGAUGCCUCAAAAAGUGAGGGACAUCGGCAAAUAUUGACAAAGGAGCUGGAAGCUGUGGGCCUGCGUUUGAACAAGAGACCACCUCAAAUAUAUUUUAAAAGGAAGAAAACUGGAGGAAUCUCUUUCAACAGCACGGGCCCAUUAACUCAUGUUGAUGAGAAGCUUUGUUACCAAAUUCUACAUGAGUACAAGAUUCAUAAUGCUGAGCUAUUGUUUCGUGAGGAUGCUACUGUUGAUGAUCUCAUUGAUGUUAUUGAGGGGAACCGCAAGUACAUGAAGUGUAUAUACGUCUACAACAAGAUAGAUGUUAUUGGUAUUGAUGACGUGGACAAAUUAGCCCGACAACCAAAUUCUGUUGUCAUUAGCUGCAAUCUGAAGCUAAAUCUAGACAGACUGCUUGCAAAGAUGUGGGAGGCAAUGGGGCUUGUGAGAGUUUACACAAAGCCGCAGGGACAACAACCUGAUUUCUCCGAUCCUGUGGUUCUCUCCGCUGAUAGAGGUGGCUGCUCAGUCGAAGACUUCUGUAACCACAUACACCGGAGCCUUGUGAAGGAAGUCAAAUACGUGUUAGUGUGGGGCAUGAGUGCAAGGCACUAUCCUCAGCACUGUGGCCUAAGUCAUGUUCUUCAGGAUGAAGAUGUAGUUCAGAUAGUCAAAAAGAAGGAGAAGGAAGGUGAAGGGAAAGGUAGAUUCAAGUCGCAUUCAAAUGACCCCGCUCGAAUAUCUGACAGAGUAAAGAAAGCUCCCCUGAAGAACUAGAUUUUUUUUGACAUUCUACGGCUUAGAAUUUGUUCUUUCAAGAGGUACUUAAGUGAUGGUUUAUUACCUUUUGGGAAAAUUGGUUCUCUGUUUUUGUCCUUGUCCUUGGCCUCAGCCCUCCAUAGUCGGCCUGCUCUUAGUCUUGAUGUUGUUUCUUAAACUGGGUUCUGUUUUUGUACUUAAAAAACUCUGUUUCUUUCUUGCCAAUGGAGUUCUUAUAUUUGAGCCCCCACACAAAGAAAUAAGAAAAAGAUUCUGAUGGUUGAUCAGUUCUAAAUCCUUGGACAUGGAAGUAAGAUUUUGA